AGCGGUAGGUUCUCUGGCCUUCCUUAUAUUGACAGAUAGUCAUGAAUAUAGCAUAUUUGUUUUUGAUCGCUUGCCUGUGUGUUGGUUGUGCCAGUACAGAUAAUCUUUACAAAGUUCUUGGCGUAUCAAAAACAGCAACACAGAAAGAAAUAAAGAAAGCAUAUAAAGAAAUGGCAAGGGAAUGGCAUCCAGAUAAAAAUAGUGACGCAAAUGCUGCUGAUAGAUUUACAAAAAUAAAUGAAGCCUAUGAGACACUUGGUGAUUCCAACAAAAGAGACCAGUAUGACAGAUUUGGUUACACAGCUGCCAGGGAACAAAAGCCUUCACAUGAAUAUCAUAAUCCUUUUGGUAACAACGAUUUCUUCAGGGGCUUUAACUUUAACUUCAAUGGAAAUCAUCAAGGAGAAUCAGUUAUAGAAAAGUUUAAUAUAAAUUUAAGAGCUUAUGAAACAAAGAUAUUACCAGAAAGUGACAGAAAGCCAUGUUUUCUAUAUACUUACACUGAUUUCUGUUUUGAUUGUGCCAGGAUAGAACAUCUAGUGGAAAAACUCAUAAGAGAUCUGGAAGAUGUUGGAAUAUGUGUUGGUACUUUUCAUGCUGGACGAGCAAGAUCUUUGACUGGAGCACUGAGGAUAGAGAGGGUCCCAACACUUAUCAUGCUGAUUAAUGGACAGUUGACCACUUUCAGGGGUAGUGUAAACACAGCUGGUCUGAAUAACUUUGCGAGAGGAGUAUUUCCGAAAAAUUUGUUUACAAAGAUCAAUGACGGAAACUUUCAAGAUUUUCUUGAUGGCUGGAAUGACAACCAUGUACGAGCUUUACUGUUUAUUAGAAGGGAGGAAAUAUCUAUGAGAUUCCUAGCGCCAGCCUUCUACCACAAAGAAUUCAUCAAGUUUGGAUAUGUUAAUUUAUGGACAAAUGAAAAUAGUAACUUGACAAAGAAAUACAACGUGAAUAGAUACAGAGAAACUUUACUUAUGUUUAAUGAAGACACACAGACUCCUGUUGCUACUUUGGUAAUGCCACAGUUAAGCAGGAGUACAAUGGAAGAGGUAUUGAUAGCCAAUAGAUUUAUCACCCUGCCACGGCUAUCAUCGCAGAGAAGAUUUGAAGAGAUUUGUCCAGAGGAAAUGAAAGCAAAACGAAGGAGACUGUGUGUGGUUUUGGUGACAAAGAAAAGUGAAACUGAUAAUGAAAAAUUCCUGAACAGUUUCAGAAAAUAUGUUCAGUCAUCGUCGCUGACACGGAAUGAAAGAGUGAAAUUUGCUUAUAUCUAUGAAGAUACACAGAAAAAUGUGAUUCAGAGUUUCUCUAAAGGUGAUACAUCCGAAACUGAUGAUACACAAAGCAAGGUGAUUAUAUUAUGGAGAAUGGAGAAAAAUCAUCUAAGUUACAACUGGCUCUCAAAAGGAUGGGAUAUAGAUAAUAUACAGGACAGUCGCAAUCAUCUGGAAGACCAAGUCAAGCAUUUACUUAACUCAGACCAGUCCUUAGCUUACAGAGUUAUACUUCCUGAAUUUAACAAUGAACAUGCUUUGCAUUUGAUCAUCAGAAUUUUCUAUAAGUUGUGGAGUUGGGGAGAGAAAGUUUAUCAUUAUCUUGCAACAUAUGAUGCUAUAACUUACAUCACUGUUAUUAUGUCCUUGUUCCUAAUGUUUGGUAUGGGAUUCUUCUUACAAAAGAUGGCAUCCAUUGAAGAGGAGCAGAUAAGGGAGACAACUCCAAAGAGAUGUAAACCUAGACCUCCAUCAGUAAAUGCAACAACAAAGUGUAUAAAUCUAUAUGAACUACGACCUGAGACAUAUGAAGAAUUGGUCACUAACUCUGAAACAGGCUUGACAGUAAUAGCAUUGGUAGAUGAAGAUACUAAAAAAUUCUUGUUAGAAGAAUUUGGGAAACUGGUUUAUCCUCUAACAAGGUAUAGUGGACUUACAUUUGGUUUUGUGAACCUGGACUUGUAUAUGGGCUGGUAUCGACAUCUAUUAGAAGAAAGUGUUGACAAAAAGAUUGAUCUUACAAAUAUGAAAGUCAAGAAUUGUAUAGGCACAGUUUUAGCCAUAAACGGCCACAGAAAUUAUUACUAUAUUUACCAUCCUAGACCAGCACGGAAAUGGAUACGUAAUACAGACAAAGUGUCGAGGGCAGUAGGAUUUGUCGACACAGAUGAUUCUGACAGCGAUGGGAACAAAGAUACACCUGUUGCCAUCGAAAAGUUGUUAAAAGGGUUGACUGAUUGGACAGAUAGAGUCUUUGAUGGAUCUAUUCCAAAAGUCAGAAUUCCAUGUUGGCCUGAAUUGGCAAUCAAGUAGAGAGGUUUAAGUCUUUUCCCAGAAUUCCAUGCUCAAUGUUGUCUAUACGGUGUUUAUCUGAAGUCUGUUAUUUAAAAAUGAUGUUUAAUAACAAAAGAAAAUGGAAAAACUCAAUGACCACUGAAAUUGUUAUAAAGAUUUUACAGAGAGUUUUUCAUGGAUCAAUUCCAAAAGCCAGAGGUCCAUGUUGGUCUGAGCUGGCAAUCAAGUAUUCUUUUUUUUACACUUACCCAGAAUUCCAUGUUUCAUGUUCCAUGUUGUCUACAAAGAUCUUUACCUGAAGUCAGAAUUAUUUUUUUCUGUAUGAAUAUUAUUAAUUUUACAAAAUGAUCUUUAUCGACAAAAGAAUAAAAUUAAUAGUUUCAGAUUGAUUAUUGGGAAUAGACAGACUUUACAAUUGACAAAUUUUUAAAUGGAUUGACAGAUUUAAUGGAUAGGUCUACUGAUGGAUCAAUUCCAAAAAUCAGAAUUCCAAUAAGGCUUGAACUAGCAAUCCAUUAAAAAUGUUUUCCCUUGUGUCAGAAUUUCAUGUUUUAUGUUGUCUACAACGAUCUUUACCUGAAGACAGAAUUAACUGCCUUUUGAAUUUUGAAUUGGUCACUAAAAUUUUGUUAUGAAUUAUGUUUAGAACUCUUUUUUCAAUUGAAAAGAUGAUUAUGACACUAAAUGACAAAGCAAAAUCAUGAUAAGCAAAAUAGAAUAUUAGAAACAAAGAUUUAUAUACAUUUUUCUACUGAACAAUUUUGAGCAAAGAAUACUAGAUUUUUUUAACGAUAAAAUGUCAUUUACUUUGACACUCCUGUUAGCUUUGUCAUUUUAACAUACCAUACAAAGGAAAAAUUAAAGAAAAAGGAUAUUCACCGUGACCAGUAUUCUACAUAGUUCCAGAUACAUUUUCCUUUUAAAAAGUAACAUAAAAUACUCUCUAAAAAUAUUUUUGUUUUCCUCGUCCUUGGGUUCAUGUUUUUUGAAACGAACAGCCUACGCUACAAGUCAGAUGAGUAAAACAUGAUAGAUUGUCAUUUUUAUAAGCUCAAAUGAUUUCACAUAGUUCAAAUUUAUCAAAUCUCUUGCAAUGCUAAAUUCAAAUUAAAUUAAGAUGUCAUUUUGCCUUAAUUACCACUUGUGUUCAUUUGUAUGUGAUUUGAAAAUAACACAUAGAAAAGCAAUUGUAGGGAAAAAAAUUCUUAUCUUAUUCAUUUGUGUAUCUGACUCUUAGUGUGUGUUAAUUAGUUAAGUAUAUUUAAUGUCAGCGAAUUAUCAAAAUAUGUUAAAAAUGAAAAAUUACAUGUGACUUAUUCCAAGAAAUUUAAACAGUUAAUAGUAACAUGGAGAUUUUCCCCUAGUUUCAACAAUGUCGAAUGUUUGCAAUUUUCCUGACAUGGACAUUCUUUAUUUUAAUAUCACUUCUGUUGUUUAAAUUUUUUUAUAAGUUAUUUAUUGUAAUUCUAUUUUGUCAGAGUGAAAUUGUAAGUUUUUAAAAGUUUUAUGUAUUAUGUAAAUAAAAGUUUUAUGUAUUAUGUAAAUAAAAGUUUUAUUUAUUCUAUGGGAAAGUGCAAUUUCUCUAAAAGAAAAAAGCAUUGCAUUUUUUGUUUUUAUAAUUGGAAUUGAUGGAUACAACUAGUUAACUUUUUAAUGAUCCCGAGGGUAAAUAGAAUUUGAGCCAGAUGUACUUUAGAAGGUUAUGGGUUUUUUUUAAAUGCAGAUAUUUCAUGUUUGCUUUACUUGUUAUCAUACUUUUUGGUAAUCAGAUAUUCAAACUUGUUGGAAAUGGAAUGGUCCUUCUUGAUGUUACAAGAUACAAAUUUUUAGAUAGUUGUAUGCUAUCUUUUAAGAAACAAUCACAACAGCAAAUGAAGAAAAGAAGAGUUUCGCCAUGUUGUUUUCAGGCUUAUCACUACCGUAGUUGUAUAGACCUCUCAAGAGAAUAUACAUGUAAGAUUUAUAAGAAUUGGAUAUGAUAAACGCUUAUUGAUAAUAUUGAAAUUAGUAUUUUAAUAAAGAUUAAGGCAGUUUUGUUAUGACUGAAGUUGAAAAAAAAUAGAGCUUAAAAUCUUUAUAUAGUUUGAAACUAUCAGGUAUAUGCAUAUUAUGAUCUGUGUUGUGUUUUUAUAGUUGUACCUAAUCUUAUAUUAUUUAUUGAUGUGUGUUAAUGUGUGUGUAUGUUUGUGUGUUUAUAUGUAUAAAUGACUCCUACAAAAUAGUAUUUGACUUUUUACAAAUAGUAAGCAGAGUCAUUAUAAGAUUGAAGGGCCAUCUAUUAACAGAAGUUGUUUUCUUUUUCUAAUAAAUAACAAUUGAACUGAAUACAUGUACCCCAUUUAUUUACUGUACAAACAUCUUUGUACAAUACAACAGAAUUUUGAUCCAGAAAUUAUCAAAAUCA